AGCACAGCUCGACCUUUGCCGCGGCGCUUGCCCUCGCUGUGCGCUUCUCGCUUGGUGCGAGUGUCACGGGCGUUGUUAAUUUGCACCGCUGCGCUGCUCCGAGGCUGCUCCGCCAUCGCUGCGACCUGCGCGCGGAGUUAUCACAAGGGUAGGUCAGCACUCUCAGUAGCUAUUUUGGCGUCGGCGCGCGCUAAAAAUGGCAGACAAUACCUCCUCCACCGCCGCGAACAAAGAAACAACCGCGGACAAUCUUCUCCAGCUCCCUUCGGACGUCUUGCGCAAGGUCGCCUCGUUCACCUUCGCGGCGCCAUCUAAAAAAUCAUGCUCGAUCGAGUACGACGGGCAAAAGAAACGCCGCGACGCGCUUGAGGGCUCGCGCCACGCGUCCGCGCUCGUCGUGGCCAUUCCGAAGGCGGAAGACAAGCUGCGGCGCGAGCUUAGAGCUGAUCUCGACAAGGCCGAGCAGGCGCGCGGUUUCGGGCUGACCGUGGCCGAAGGCGAGGCGUGGCUGCGGGCCCACGGCUACGGGUCCGACGCGCUCGCGACGCCGCGCGCGGCGGGCGAGCGGCUCCUCCUCGCUCUCAGCGAGUUCACGGAAGACCGAACGGGCCAGGAUUACUUUAUGAAGAAGCUUAGUGUUAUGAUGGGCCAGGCCGACGCGUCGGAGAUCGUCCUGCGCCACGACUGUCUGACGGACGAAGUGCGCGCUUUACUGGCGUUCGGCGCUGUGCCCGACUACCAAAAUGAGAGAGGAGAAACGCCGCUCCACCUGCUGGUCGACACGAGGGCCGUGAAAGCAAUGCACGACGACGACUCGGAAGGGGAGGACUCCCUACGCAUCGCCGAGUACCUGCUGCUGGCCGGCGCCGACCCGAAUCGCUUAGCCCAGCCGCACCACUUCGGGCGGGCCCCACUCUCAAUAUUGUUUUCGGCGUUGCGAUAUAACGCCGAGUCGGCCACCAACAGCGUGGGGACCUACGCGGGGCCGUUCAAUAAGUUCAAGGCCGCGCUCGAGCAUUUCAUCCCGCUCGCUGGGCUCGCUCGCUGCCUUAUGCUAAAUGGGGGGGACGUUCACGCAGCGGACGUUGGAUACACGUCGUCGGCCACGCACAAUCCCGAUUUCAGCGACAUCCUUACAUUGCAAUUGCACAUGUUGCGAGACGCGAGCGCCGUGCUGCUAGAGGGCGACCAGAACCGCGAGAACAACGGCCCCUUUUUCGAUUAUUGCGUGGACCGCACCGAAGUUCUCAGCAAGCUCUUGACUUCCUGUUCCAUGCUCCAAGACCCGAAGUGCCGCUGCGACCUCGACGAGGUCCUCUCCUUCUACGACGUCGGCCCCAAGACGCCCGACGAGCACGAGAAGUUCCUCUUUGAGUUCAGUGAUGCGUUCUCAAGAGUUGGUUGCCGCCGCCGCCAGGAGGACGGGGAUGACUCUCAGGAUUCCUCUUCGUAGGGGAACUCCUCGAGCUAAGUACGUGAUUG